GGCGGCGGCGGCGGCCGGCGGACCCGGCGCGUGGCAGGAAGCGGAAGGGGGCGGCCGGGAUCAAUCCCUGACGUGUCUCUCCGAGGCCGCCGCCGCUCGCUCUCUGCUCCCGUCCGGCGGCCGCCAUGGGCAUAAAAUUUCUUGAAGUAAUCAAGCCCUUCUGUGUUAUUUUGCCUGAAAUCCAAAAGCCAGAACGGAAGAUUCAGUUUAAGGAAAAGGUAUUAUGGACAGCUAUCACACUCUUCAUCUUCUUAGUAUGUUGCCAGAUUCCCUUGUUCGGUAUCAUGUCAUCAGACUCAGCAGAUCCUUUCUACUGGAUGAGAGUGAUUUUGGCAUCAAAUAGAGGUACGUUGAUGGAGCUGGGCAUUUCACCUAUUGUCACUUCUGGGCUUAUCAUGCAGCUCUUGGCAGGUGCCAAGAUAAUUGAGGUUGGUGACACCCCAAAGGACAGAGCUCUCUUCAACGGAGCACAGAAAUUGUUUGGAAUGAUUAUUACCAUCGGACAGUCUAUUGUCUACGUAAUGACUGGAAUGUACGGAGACCCAUCUGAGAUGGGUGCUGGUAUCUGCUUGCUUAUCACAAUUCAGCUUUUUGUUGCUGGAUUGAUAGUUCUGCUCUUGGAUGAGCUUCUACAGAAAGGAUAUGGUCUUGGUUCUGGCAUCUCUCUCUUCAUUGCUACCAAUAUCUGUGAGACUAUUGUGUGGAAAGCAUUCAGCCCCACCACAGUGAACACAGGACGAGGCAUGGAAUUUGAGGGAGCCAUCAUUGCUCUGUUCCAUCUUCUGGCUACUCGCACAGACAAAGUCAGAGCUCUUCGUGAGGCCUUUUACCGUCAGAAUCUCCCCAACCUUAUGAAUCUGAUUGCCACCAUCUUUGUCUUUGCUAUUGUAAUUUAUUUUCAGGGCUUCAGAGUGGAUCUUCCUAUCAAAUCUGCUCGCUACCGUGGCCAGUACAACACCUACCCUAUCAAGCUGUUCUAUACUUCCAACAUUCCCAUUAUUCUUCAGUCCGCCCUGGUGUCAAACUUGUACGUCAUCUCCCAGAUGCUUUCUGCUCGCUUCAGUGGCAACUUACUGGUUAGCCUGUUGGGCACUUGGUCUGACACGUCAUCUGGAGGCCCUGCUCGUGCUUAUCCAGUUGGUGGGCUUUGUUAUUAUCUGUCACCUCCAGAGUCCUUUUCUUCAGUGUUAGAAGACCCUGUACAUGCGGUUGUUUAUAUUGUAUUUAUGUUGGGCUCCUGUGCUUUCUUCUCUAAGACAUGGAUUGAAGUCUCUGGCUCCUCUGCUAAAGAUGUUGCCAAACAAUUGAAAGAACAACAAAUGGUAAUGCGAGGCCACAGAGAAACUUCAAUGGUACAUGAACUAAACAGGUACAUCCCUACAGCUGCUGCAUUUGGUGGUCUCUGUAUUGGCGCCCUCUCUGUGUUGGCAGACUUCCUUGGGGCAAUUGGGUCUGGAACUGGGAUUCUGCUUGCUGUCACUAUCAUUUAUCAGUACUUUGAAAUUUUUGUAAAGGAACAGAGUGAAGUUGGCAGUAUGGGAGCUCUUCUUUUCUAAACCUAGCUUCUCAUGGACCCAGGAAAGAGGAGAGGACCAUUCUCAAAAUAUAGCCAGUCAGGUGAAAAGAAGUAACAUAAACUUGAUAAUGUCAUUCUACAGGAACACAUAUUUUAAUAAUGUUUCCAAAGCACAUUCCCUUAUGUUCAAAAUUUUCUAGCAUACCGUUUGCAUUUUAUAAAUUGAUAAGGAAAAAUGUGCAAGAAAAUUUUUUUAAGAAAAUUGUUUUUUAAUUAUGUGUUAGGAGAAUCAGCUUUCUGAGUUGGAUUUAGUUCAGUGACUCUUGAAAUUUUUUUGAGACCCUUUCAAAUAUAGUAUACCUGAAGCCUUUACAGGUUUUAAUAAAUGUUUGUUAAAUAAAUGUUUGGAAGGGUUUUUUUGCAUUUAACUUGUUUUUGCAGCUCCUUUGCAGUAGUGGUGAGAAAAAUCUCUCCCUCUAAUGCUGAAGUUCCAUAAUUACGGUUGUAAGCACAAACAGUAUUUUAAUAUGUUCAGUUUUGUGUUUGGGUUUUAUUUCAGUAUGGCAGAUUUGGAAGGCAGUUGUUUCUUUUUACUAAAUUAUAUCUCUAAUUCCAAAUGUUUUGUCUUGUAAUUACUACGCUAGACCUUGUCAGAUGUUGAAUAUUGGCUUGAGACUGUUGUCAGGUUUCUGUAUAAGAUGGGAAUGCGUUCUUUCCCACCACCCCUCCUCCAUAAGCAGAAGACUCGGGUCAGCUGAGAUUCUGCCAGUCUGUGCCUAAGAGUUGCAGCUUUGAAACUUGGUCAUACCGGCAGCUUUGUAAAACCUUCUAAUUAGUUUUCAUUGCCAUUUGUGGUAGUGCUUCUAGUUCUGAUGCUAGCUGAAAGAAAUGGAUGUUUUGGCUGCUUAGAUGCAAAUCUGCUUGUGCUCUUUGCUAAAGCUAAGUUUCUCUCAUUGAUAAUAAAUUCUGGUCUUGUAGCAAUCAGGAUGUUAUCUGACUACUCAUAUCUAGUGCAUUUUGAGUCUCAUUACCACAGAGGAGUGUGAAAAGAAUGUAUGUUACUUGUCUGUUUCUAUAGAUCUAGAUAUGAGACCCUUGUCAGAUAACUCUUGCAAGUUGCUUGUGUAGAAGGCUUUUCCAUCCUAUAAUCUCAUUGACUUGAAUGAUGCAUAGGAAAGUACUUCUUCAGAAGGUAUUGGAUCUCCUCCUUUUUUUGAAGAUCACACCUUCAAAUUGGAGAAUUUACAGUAAAAGGCUUUAAUGGACCAGAGUAAUACUUUUCCUUUUUAAUUUAGAUUGUCAGUACUAAUCAGGUGCCUAGGACCAAGUGCAAAUAUUUGUGUAUGAGUCUUGUAAAUACACUUUUCCUCAAUCAGUAUUGGACAAUGUGGAAACCAGAAUGAGGAGUUACAAUGUUGGAAUGUUUCUCUACACUGCAUCAACAUGCCUUCUGUGCAUUUUUGCAUGCUGGGCUGACAGUAUAUGAAUUACUGUUUCUGCUUGGAGUGAUGGGACUCUGUUACAUACCCAAGGAGCACAGAUGACAACAUCCGGAAGCCCUUGUUAAUGCACUGAGCUCAAAUACCAAAUGCGUGGGAAAUCUGCAAAUUUGGAAUGAGAUACACCUAUCAAUAAAAGUGAAACUCCUGGGGUGAGGAUCACAAUUGGAAAAGGAACAAAAGUAAUGGAAUAAAGUAUCUGUGAAACGCUCAUUACCAACCAUUCACUAUUACUUCACACUAUGCUCAAUAAUUUUUCUGUCUUUCAUAAAGUACUAGUAUGCCACAGCACAAUUUUGAUGUGAAAUAAGGGACAGUUAAAAAGUGACUUUAAAAGGAGAGGGAAGAAGCGUGGUGUGGUGGUUCUGCUUUGGGGAUGCUUUUGUUGUUAUUUUUCUAGGAAGCCCAAUACAGAUUUUGUUUUGAAAUAAAAAGGACUCCACUUUUGGGCACGCAGCUCUGGCUGGGCUGGAGCUGUACUUGUAUUUUUGGUCAUAUCAUCUGUUUGAACUGGUUGCAGCUUAGACAGUUAGUUCUUCAGUGUCUAAGCAGCACUUGUUCUAUGCAUCUGUAUUUUUGUUGUCUAGUGGUGAAAUCUUUGUCUAUUAUCAAGCAGCUAUGUCCUCGAAGCAGGACCUGCUGAUCAUACAGUGGAUGUUCACAAAAAGAAAUAAUGCCUAAACAAUCUGCUUUAUAAAUGAAAUAAAGUACAUCUUUGGAGCUAA